GUUGUGCACAGUUCUUCAAUAAACAAAUUGUGUGUGUGCGCGCGCUGCGAAACAUUCUGAACAUUUCCCAGAAAACACGUGACCCGCGCGGAGAGGGGCGGUUCUUCUGGGGCUUCCACCUCUCUCUGUCAAACCGGUUCAGCAAAGUUACUUCCCCAUCCUACCGUCGGUCGCAGCGAGUAGCCUUUCUUUCUCCACUUUGAAAACCUUUCACCUGAUUAACUUGUAUAAACACUUUAACCUCAGUUUCUUCCCCCCUUACAUUUAUACUUUAUAACUUUAUACCGUAUGAACGGUAUACGUACGGAACGUAUUUUCUCCAGUCUACUAUGGAUGAGGAGAGAGAGGAGGGGGGACAUACCUCUAAGACCACUCUGUCUGUGGAACAUGGCCAUCGGAGCACAGCUAAGAGAGCAGCAGCAGAGAGCAGACUCCCCUGGACCCAGCUGUGUCUCCAUGAGGAGUGACUGGUCUAGGUAUCUUCCUCCUGACCAGUUGAAAGAUGGAAAUCACCAACCUCCUCAGAAAAGAAGGAGGCUGGAGGGAGCAGAAUCCCCUGGACCCAGCUGUGUCUCCAUGAAGAGUGUGUGUUCUCUCUACAGACACCAGGAGAGGUCAAAGGUUACCAGUGCUCAGGCCGUACAGCAGCAUCAAACAGAGCUGAUCAAGAGGGCUGAGGAGAACGCACACGCUUUCCUAGACAAGGAGCUGAAGAAGCUCUGGAGGGUUCUCUUCCCAGAUUACCCACAAUGCUCAGAGGGUCAGAGAGUGGAGGAGGAGGGGGUGGAUGGUAAGAAGGAGAAGCAGUGGUGGCGCGCCAUAAAGGGAGUGGUGGAAAUCACAAAGCUCUGCCUGAUGGAGAUGAACCAGCAGGGACUGGCCGACAAACUAUUGAGCGGAUCUGCUGCUGUCGAGUGCCAACAUAAAAUCAAGUCUCGUUUGAAGAAGUUCAGGUGCGUUGAGGGAAUCGCUAAAGCAGGACGUUCAGUACCUCUGAACGACUUCUACACAGAGCUCUUCAUCACAGAGAGAGGCAGUGGAGAGGUCAACCAGGAACAUGAGGUCAGACUGAUUGAAAAAGCUUCCAGGAAACCAGCCAAGGAAGAAACACCAAUCAGAUGUGAGGACAUCUUUAAACCCUUGCCUGGAAAAGAUAAACCAAUCAGGACAGUAAUGACAACUGGAGUGGCCGGCAUUGGUAAAACCGUCUUAACACACAAGUUCACUCUGGACUGGGCUGACGGCAAAACCAACCAGGACAUACACUUCACAUUUCUCCUCACUUUCAGAGAGCUGAAUUUACUGAAAGGGAAAGAGUUUAGCUUGGUGGAACUUCUUCAUCACUACUUUAUUGAGACCAAAGAAGCAGGAAUCUGCAGAUAUGAACGGUUCAAAGUUCUCUUCAUCUUGGAUGGUCUGGAUGAGUGUCAACCUCCUCUGGACUUCCAGAACAACCAGACCUGGACUGAUGUCACAAAGCCGACCUCGGUGGACGUGCUGCUGACAAACCUCAUCAGGGGCGACCUGCUUCCCUCCGCUCGCAUCUGGAUAACCACCCGCCCUGCGGCAGCAGAUCAGAUCCCUGAUGAGUGUGUUGACAUGGUGACAGAGGUGAGGGGGUUCACCGACCAACAGAAGGAGGAGUACUUCAGGAAGAGAUUCAGAGAGGAGACGCUGGCCAACACAAUCAUAUCCCAUGUCAAGAAAUCACGAAGUCUCCACAUCAUGUGUCACAUCCCAGUCUUCUGUUGGAUCACUGCUACAGUUCUGGAGGACAUCUUAAAAAAUUCCAAGAGAGGAGAAGAGAUGCCCAAGACUGUGACUCAGAUGUACAGCCACUUCCUGAGGGUUCAGUCAAUACAGGGGGACAGGAAGUAUCGUUGGAUAGCUGAAACAGAUCCACACUGGAGUUCACAGAGCAGGCACAUCAUUGUUUUACUGGGAAAACUGGCUUUUAACAAGCUGGAGAGUGGCAACCUGAUCUUCUAUGAGGAAGACCUGGCAGAGUAUAAAUUUUUUUUCCACGAAGCCUCAGUGUACUCAGGACUGUGCACCCAGAUCUUUAAAGAGGAGUGUGGGCUCUACCAGGACAAGGUGUUCUGCUUUGUCCAUCUGAGCGUCCAGGAGUUUCUGGCUGCCCUUCAUGUCUUUAUGUCCUUAAUCAACGAUGGUGUCAAUCUGCUCUCAGAAGAACAACCAACCUCCGGUGAUGAUAAACUCCUCCUCCUCUACCAGAGUGCUGUGGACAAGGCCUUACAGAGUGAGAACGGACACCUGGACUUGUUCCUCCGCUUCCUCCUGGGCCUCUCUCUGGAGAGCAAUCAGAAUGUCCUACGAGGUCUGCUGGGACAGACAAGAAGUAGCCCACAGACCAACAAGCAAACAGGAAGAGGCUCACAGACCAAUGAGAAAACAGUGUCUUACAUCAAGGAGAAGAUAGGUGGCGAGCUCUCUCCAGAGAGAAGCAUCAAUCUGUUCCACUGUCUGAAUGAACUGAACGACCGUUCUCUAGUGGAGGAGAUCCAACAGUCCCUGACAUCAGGAAGUCUCUCCACAGGAUCUCUCUCCCCUGCUCAGUGGUCAGCUCUGGUCUUCAUCCUACUGACAUCAGAAGUGGAGCUGGACGUGUUUGACCUGAAGAAAUACUCUGAUUCAGAGGAGGGUCUUCUGGGGCUGCUGCCAGUGGUCAAAGCCUCCAAAAGAUCUCUGCUGAAUGGCUGUCAUCUGUCAGAGAGAUGCUGUGAAGCUCUGGCCUCAGUUCUCAGCUCCAACUCCUCUAAUCUGAGAGAACUGGACCUGAGUACCAAUGAUCUGCAGGAUUCAGGAGUGAAGCUGCUCUCUGCUGGACUGGGGAGUCCACACUGUACACUGGAAACUCUCAGCUUGUCUGGCUGCCUGGUCACACAGGAAGGCUGUGCUUCUCUGGCCUCAGCUCUGAGCUCCAACCCCUCCCAUCUGAGAGAGCUGGACCUGAGCUACAAUCACCCAGGAGACUCUGGAGCUGCGCUGCUCUCUGCUGGACUGGAGGAUCCACGCUGGAGACUGGACACUCUCAGUGUGGAGUACGGUGGAGUGCAGAGGCUGAAACCAAUUCCACAGAGAUAUGCCUGUGAACUCACACUGGACCCCAACACGGCCCACAGACGACUCUCUCUGUCUGAGGACAACAGGAAGGUGACGAUGGUUAGAGAGGACCAGUCGCAUCUGGAUCACCCAGAGAGAUUUGACUACUGGGACCAGGUGUUGUGUAGAGAGGCUCUGACUGGCCACUGUUACUGGGAGGUAGAGAGGGAGGAGAGGAAUGGAGCUGUUUAUAUAGGAGUGACAUACAGAGGAAUCACAAGGAGAGGAGAGGGUCGUGACAGGGGGCUUGGAUUGAACAACAAGUCCUGGAGUCUUGAGUGUCGUGAUGAUAGUUACUCUGCCAUGUACGACGGUAGACAGACAGCCCUCCCUCUCCCCCCCGCUGGCUCCACCAGAGUAGGAGUGUAUCUGGACCGGCCUGCUGGCUCUCUGUCCUUCUACAGAGUGUCCCCAGGUGGAGGAGGGUCCUCAGACACACUGACACACAUCCACACCUUCUGCUCCUCCUUCACCCAGGAGGACCUCCUCCCGGGGUUUGUGUUCUCGGGGGUCGGCUCCUCAGUGUCUCUGUGUCAGUUAUAGUCCGUCUGUCUGUCUGUCUCUCUCUGUGUCUGUGUCUGGGGAUACAUGCACGCAUAUAUGAACACAUGCACUUAUAUCAAACACACAAGCGUAUAAAUGAACACAUACCCGUAUAUAUGAACAUCAUGAAGUGAAGGAUGGACCGUGAAGUGUGUCGCACAAGCAUCGUACUGUUUUCAGACCGAUUCCCGAAAGCAUCGUUGGUACCGACCGUCGUGAAAACGCUCGUAGCUAACGAGGACUCCAGGGGUACUCGUAGGACGCUAAGAGCAUCGUUAGCCUACUAUUGCCUCAGUGGCGUCACCAGCGGACAUUCCUAGUAUUGAUGCGUUUUAUUAAAACACAUCCCGGCCUCCCUCAUAACUACGCGGCUGGUUUUCAUGCACGUCGAAGAGUGAUUGAGAAUUUUUUUUAACCCCCUCCACCCUCCCACAUGUCACCAAACAUUCCUGUCAACGUGACCAAUCCCCACCAUAUCCCAGCCUUUUGCCUGCUCCUUUGCAUUUUUUUUUACUAUUUUUAUAAUUAAUAAUUUUAUAUAUAUUUUUUUUUAUUUUUUUUUUAUAUUAUUUUAGGCUACGUUUUAUGAGUAGCCUAUGUCAGUCUGCACAAAUCCCCCCCACUUUCUCUCACACAUUUUAAGUGCCCUGCCUGCUCAAACAUUUCCUGGACUGUCUCUCUCAAACUAAGAACAUAAUGGCCUAGAUUAGGCUCAGACGCACGUGAUACACCAUUACCAAUGUGUUAUAAUAAAACAGUAUAGUAGGCUAACGAGGCUCUUAGCGUCCUACGAGUACCCUGGAGCACUCGUUAGCUACGAGCGUUUUCAAGACGUUCGUUACCAAAGAUGCUUUCGGGAAAUGGUGUGAAAACUGUACGAUGCUCCUACGACCCACUCUGCGAUCCACUUAGGCUAAAGAUGCUUUCGGGAAACGGGGCCCUGUUCUUCUAUUGAUUGAGUCCUUGUGUUUAUUGUGUUCAUGUAAGGGACUGUUCUUCUAUUGAUUGAGUCCUUGUGUUUAUUGUGUUCAUGUAAGGGACUGUUCUUCUAUUGAUUGAGUCCUUGUGUUUAUUGUGUUCAUGUAAGGGACUGUUCUUCUAUUGUUUGAGACCUUGUGUUUAUUGUGUUCAUGUAAGGGACUGUUCUUCUAUUGAUUGAGUCCUUGUGUUUAUUGUGUUCAUGUAAGGGACUGUUCUUCUAUUGUUUGAGUCCUUGUGUUUAUUGUGUUCAUGUAAGGGACUGUUCUUCUAUUGAUUGAGUCCUUGUGUUUAUUGUGUUCAUGUAAGGGACUGUUCUUCUAUUGUUUGAGUCCUUGUGUUUAUUGUGUUCAUGUAAGGGACUGUUCUUCUAUUGAUUGAGUCCUUGUGUUUAUUGUGUUCAUGUAAGGGACUGUUCUUCUAUUGAUUGAGUUCUUGUGUUUAUUGUGUUCAUGUAAGGGACUGUUCUAACGUUUGAGUCCUUGUGUUUAUUGUGUUCAUGUAAGGGACUGUUUUUCUGUUGUCCUGGUUAAUAAAGCAUAACGGUGAUAAACAACUCAGUGGAUCCUCUGAACGUUCUCUUGUGUUCAGCAGAGGAUCAGUUUACACUUUAAGGUCGGGGGUUCGCUGAAUAAAAAGCACAACAGAGGCUUCGUCUACACAACAUUAAU